CUCCCCUUGUAGCGAUGUCCUCCUAGCCGGCCUCCACGGGAUGGAGGGCUUCAUGGACUCAGGGACACAGACGGACGCAGUGGUGGUGCUGUCCUUGGCUCAGGCUGCGGUGUUAGGCCUGGUCUCGGAAAAUGAGCUCUUUGGAGCCACCAUAAGUGCGGAAGCCUUCUACCCUGACCUGGGGCCGGAGUUGGCAGGACCCACCUCGAGCGAGUCAGGGCCACCGGGCCCGGAUGUCUACCAGCUGGCCUGCAGUGGGCGGGCCUCAGGGGCACCAGCAGAAGAGGAGGUGCUGGAGGUGGAGGCGGCCUUGGAGAAGCACACCCGGCGGAAGACGCGGCCCCCGGUUCGGCUGGUGCCCAAGGUCAAGUUUGAGAAGGUGGAGGAAGAAGAGGAGGAGAUCUACGAGGUCUCUGUGCCUGGCGACGACAAGGCCACGGACCCCACAGAAGCCCCUGCCGAGGGACCUGGUGGUGCCUGCGAGGCCCUGCAAAGCAGUGCUGUCAAGAUGAUCGACCUCAGCGCCAUCAGCCGCAAGCCCCGGACGCUCCGGCACCUGCCCCGAACACCAAGACCAGAGCUAGAUGUGACCCCUUAUGACCCUCACUUCCCAGACGCGGCCAGGGACGCCUUCCCCGAGCCCAUUAUGGCACUGCCUGGGCCGGAGGCCUUGCCUGCUGAGUGUAGCUUUGAGCCGCCCCGCCUGGCCCAGCUGAGUGACCCCGAGGCCCCCAGCAUGGAGUCCCCGGAGCCUGUAAAGCCAGAACAGGGAUUUGUGUGGCAGGAGGCCAGUGAAUUUGAGGCUGACACGGCAGGCUCGACGGUGGAGCGCCACAAGAAGGCCCAGCUGGACCGGCUGGACAUCAAUGUGCAGAUCGAUGACUCCUACUUGGUGGAGGCGGGCGACCGCCAGAAGCGCUGGCAGUGCCGCAUGUGCGAGAAGUCCUACACAUCUAAGUACAACCUGGUGACACACAUCCUGGGCCACAAUGGCAUCAAGCCGCACUCCUGCCCACACUGCAGCAAGCUCUUCAAGCAGCCCAGCCACCUGCAGACGCACCUGCUGACACAUCAGGGCACACGGCCCCACAAGUGCCAGGUGUGCCACAAGGCCUUCACGCAGACCAGCCACCUCAAGCGCCACAUGCUGCUGCACUCAGAGGUCAAGCCCUACAGCUGCCACUUCUGUGGCCGCGGCUUCGCCUACCCCAGUGAGCUCAAGGCCCACGAAGUGAAGCACGAGAGUGGCCGCUGCCACGUGUGUGUUGAGUGCGGCCUGGACUUCUCUACCCUGACCCAACUCAAGCGCCACCUGGCCUCGCACCAAGGCCCCACCCUGUACCAGUGCCUCGAGUGUGACAAGUCCUUCCACUACCGCAGCCAGCUGCAGAAUCACAUGCUCAAACACCAGAAUGUGCGGCCCUUCGUGUGCACCGAGUGUGGCAUGGAGUUCAGCCAGGUGCACCACCUCAAGCAGCACGCGCUCACUCACAAGGGCGUGAAGGAGUUCAAGUGUGAGGUGUGUGGACGGGAGUUCACCCUGCAGGCCAACAUGAAGCGGCAUAUGCUGAUCCACACCAGUGUCCGGCCCUACCAGUGUCACAUCUGCUUCAAGACCUUCGUGCAGAAGCAGACCCUCAAGACCCACAUGAUCGUGCACUCACCCGUGAAGCCAUUCAAGUGCAAGGUGUGCGGGAAGUCCUUCAACCGUAUGUACAACCUGCUGGGCCACAUGCACCUGCAUGCAGGCAGCAAGCCCUUCAAGUGCCCCUACUGCUCCAGCAAGUUCAACCUCAAGGGCAACCUGAGCCGGCACAUGAAAGUCAAGCAUGGCGUCAUGGACAUCGGCCUGGACAGCCAAGACCCCAUGAUGGAGCUGACAGGCACUGACCCCUCUGAGCUCGACAGCCAGCAAGAGAUGGAGGACUUUGAGGAAAACGCCUACACCUAUGCCGGCGUGGACAGCAGUGCCGAGGCCAAUGUCCUCACCGAACAGGCCAUGAAAGAGAUGGCCUACUACAACGUGCUAUAGCACAGCUGGGCCACCCAGCAAGGGGGGUAGGGCUCCGGCUGCAGGCUACACCUCCUGCCACUGAGAAACAAGCUACUGCCCCAGCCCUAGCCCCAGCCCACCCACCCCAGCCGUUUG